AUGUACAUACUCGACAGUCUGGUCCAAGAAACAUUGCUGUAAAAUCCUCAGGAUUAUAGUUCAGUGGAUUACAGUAGAAUAUUACACUUUCAUCAGAAUGGCUGACAGGAUGUCUGGAGGAGAGGUGGCCUACACAGUGCUGGAGGUGCUGAUCGCUGUUGCCUGCUGUCUGGGCAAUGUGCUAGUGAUCUGGGCAGUGUGGUUGAGCAGCUCUCUACGGCAGCCCACAUUCUGCUUUUUGGUUUCUCUGGCUGUGGCAGACUUCCUUGUAGGUGCUGUGGCUGUGCCAGCGGCUAUACUGGUAGAUGGAAGAGUGCAGAUCUCAUUCAAUGUCUGUCUCUUCAUAAGCUGUGUGGAAAUUUGGUUGACAUUGGCCUCUGUACUGUUUCUACUAGCCAUCUCUGUGGACCGAUAUCUACGAGUCUUCAUCCCUCUCAGGUACAAGAGGACAGUAACAGAGAGGAGAUCUUGGGUGGUGGUGGCAAUAUGUUGGUUUGUUGCCUUCAUGUUGAGCUUCCCACCCAUGUUUGGGUGGUACAACCAUGACACCUUGUCUCACUCAGGGAACUCAACCACCAUCAUUUGCCGUUUCCUGGCUGUGAUUCCCAUGUCAUACAUCGUAUACUUCAAUUUCUUCCUCUGCACCCUCACACCGUUGCUUAUCAUGGCUGUCCUGUACUGCUACAUCUUCUGUACGAUCCGGAAGAACCUGAAGGGGAGGACGGGGAGCGGUGCCCAGUCCCACACCUACUUCAGGAAGGAGAGGAGCCUGGCCCGAUCCCUGACUCUGGUCCUGGUGCUCUUCGCCUUUUGCUGGCUCCCUCUGCACUUCAUGAACUGUGUUGCCUACUUUGGUAACCCAUCAAACAUACCCCAACAGGCCUUCUACGUGGGCAUCCUCCUCUCCCAUGGCAAUUCAGCUGUCAACCCGAUCGUGUAUGCCUUCAAGAUCCACAAGAUCCAGGAAGCGUACCUGAGGAUAUGGAGGAAGUUUGUGUGCCAAGGUGACAACCAGACCACUGAGAAUAACACCAGCAGUAACCCUAGGGUAGCCAGAAAUUACUGAUGGAAGGGAGUUCAUCAUUGUGAGUGAGGGACAGUUAGUGACAUGUAUAGAGUGUGGUAAGAAGUUAUAGUUCCAGGGUUUUAUUCUCAAAUUCUUUGAUAAGAGUCAUUGUAGGGAUGCAAAGCAAUUUAGAAUGUGGUCUAUAUCUCAUAUUUGUCUUUAUGUAUUGUAUUAUCAGUAUAAUAUAAGCAUGUGUAGAUCAGGUAGAGCUAAUGUCAAACUAUUUUACUUUAGCAUUGCUCAACUGCGUUGGCAUAUCACAGCAAAUUGCGUUUGUUGCAAAUGAAACUGAUGAUGAAAAUGGAAAGAGUAGUGGGUGUUUCAUUUCAUUGAUGCAUUUCCUUUGUCUGAAUGCCAUUUCCUCAAUCCAAAAGUUUGUCGUUUCUAUAAUUGUUACCUUCUGUAUGUAUACAGUGCUUUCCCAGAAUUGGAAGUAAGAUGUACUAUCUCAAUGAAGGAGUACUUAUCUAAUGAACUUUUUUUAUGAUUAUGGUUACUUUCAACACAAGCAUACACAACGUUCUAACACAACUUUUCCCACAAGAUUAUGUUUCAUGUAUUUUGUGGUGGUAAUGUACCAUCAGGUGACACAGAAAGUAUACAAAUAGGUCUCCAUCAAAUUCUUUCUUUAUCAAAAUAUACAUUUUCUGAGAUGAGGAAA